AUCAUAUCAGAGGACGAACCCUCCUCUAUCAGCUGAUUUACAGGUUUAGGUUUUAGUGAAAUAUAUCAACAAGUGUUGAUGGACGUCUUUAAAAGUGAUGGAGUGUUGAAAUAAGAGGUUAAACCAUGUGAACAGAAGAUUUAUUAAUAAUUGAUCUGUUUCAGUCAUGGCAGCAGGUGAACUAAAGCUGGACCUGCUUAUUAACCUUCAAACCCAACACAAUAUCUACCAGCUCUGACGUCUAUUCUAGAUAAAUAAGGGUCACACUCAGGCUACAAAGUCAAUGUCUCCACUCCAGGUUCCAUCUAGACCGGGACAAAGGUUCUAUCAGAUAUUUGUGAAUUCUCCUGAAUAUAGACAUAUCAGAACUAGAAUGAACCAUGGUCUCCUCAAAAAGAAAUGACAGCAGAUAUCAAUAGAUGGAAUAUAAUUCCUUCUAUAAAUAUGAGUUCUCGUGUAGAUUCAGUUAAAAUGAAUAUUGACCAAGACUUUUAUAUCUAUUUCACUAAAAACCAGCAGAGGAACCAGAACUGUGUUUUCCAGAGGGGGAUAAAAUUCUUUCCACAUUUCUAUGAAGAAGCCAAGAAUGAAAUAUAAAACUCUACAACUAUUAAAGGAGGAAGGUGGAUUAACCCUCCCCCAUCUGAGAAAUGAUUAUAGAGCAGCUCAGAUCCAUCCAUCAGGGGGAUGGUGUCCACAAAGUUAUAGACGGAGAUGGAAGGAAUAGAAGUGGAGAUGGGAAAGGGACGACCAGUUAAUCAUUUAGGUGGAGUUCCUUCAUUAACUAAUCACCUGUCUGACCCCAACAACCCAUGGAUAACUGGCUCUUUGACAACACAGGCUGAAAUGAUCAUAAAUACCAGUAGAGGAGAGGAACUGAAAUGUUUCUGAUUCAGAUUUUUUACCAAAUGACACGAGGUUGAAAAGUUGGACAGAGAACAGACUUACAGCGUAGUUCACACUCCUAGAUCAGGACAAAGUUUAGAGUUUUCAGGACAUAAAGGAUGAAUUUGGUCUCAAAAUCAAGACGACUUUAGAUACAAACCAGGAACUUUAUGAGCAAGAACUUUCCAAGAGAUGUUACUUCAGAGAGAGAUGGAAUUCUGAACAUUUAACCAGAGCCUCCAAGAAUGUCACCUUCCACAAGAUAAUAUCAACUACACUCAGCUCAGAGACCAGAGUUUAUAUAUGAAGGAAAGAUGGAAACAGAAGGAGGCCUCACAAUGGGACAGGGUUUGCAGACAGCGCCCCCUCCUGGAGGGAAUUCAUCCGGACUGGACUGAAUCACUAGAAUCAGUUCAUUGAAAUGAUUCAUUUGGUUGGUUCCUGAGUCAGUAGCUAGUCAGUGUGUCUGUCUGGUUGGUGACUAUGUUUUAUUGAACUGAAAUGAAAACAAGAAAAUAUUAAAGUGGAAAAGAAAUUAACAGCAAAAUGACAAACACUAUAGUAAAUUCUGUACAUUUUAACAUAUGAGUGAAAUAUCAACUUAAAUACAAUCAAAAUAUAAACAGGCCUUGUUUAGUUUAGUGUAAACCCAUAUAUUAUAUCAAAAGGAGAAAAUGCCAUAAAAACUGAGAGUUCUGCAGCCGACAUUAAAAAUAGAAAAAGAUCUGUCUGUCUAGUUCAAUCAAUACAGUUGUUAUUAUUUUAAAUUUAUUUUAAACCUUCUCCAUCCUUCUCUCUUCUGUCUCCUUCAUUACUUUAAUGAUUGCGGAGGCUGUGUGUGUGUUAGUUUUCCUGUGGAUUGACUCAACAUCAGCGUUAGCGUGCACUGUAAACCCUGAUAAGUGCAAUUGACUCCAAAAAAUUGUUGAAACCGAUUACAUAAAAUGUUUUAAUUAAUGUCAACUCAACAUUUUGAGUUAAAAAGCAGGACUGAUUAAGUUUCCUUUACUUGUAAUCUUAAGUGGCACUAACUUACUUUGGUAAGUUUAACGAAACUUAUCUGAUCAGUAUGUUCUACUAGUUAAACUGAGUUUUUCACUUAUAUUUACUUAAAAUGUUCAAUUCAAUAGAAGCUCUACACUAACUCCAAUACAAGCAAAGAUCUUGCUCAGUUUAAUUUAAAAUAAGAUCAAAAUCUCAAUGUAGUCGACCUACAGUCAAAAACACAUUAACAAGGUUAGAUACAAGUCAGUCUUUAUUGAGUAAACAUACAACAACAAACAAAUUGUUUUCUAAAAUUCUACACUUCAAUCACAAGAUCAGAAUCAGAAUCAGAAAAAAAAAUUUUAUCCCCGAAGGGCAAUUAGGAGGGCGAAGAGUGAUACAUAAAAUAAGAGCAUUCAUAUUAUCUCCUCUGUCUUUCCAGUGAAUUUCAUAACAUCAGGGGAGUUAUUUUUUUGAUCUAUGAACCUACAGAGCUUACUUCCAUAACAGGCCCUGAUCAUGUUCAUCAAGUAAAGGGGCUGAAUAUGAUUAUGUGAUGAAGGGCAGCCUGACAAGAAAUAAUCAGUUAAAAAUGUGCAGAACGUCCCCUGCUAUCAGAAAACAGGCUCUACAGAGUUAGUCAGUGCAGCAGGGAGAAGCCGAUGUACAGAGACCGACGGGCAAAUUACUGUGUCCGUUCCUUUGAUUUUGUGAGUUAGACCCUGUGUCCAUUCAGAAGCCAGUAAAGCUUGAACGUAUGUUAAUUAAUAGGAGGUUAGAGCAUUCACUGUUCAUAUACUGUAUAUUGAUAUGUUUAUACUGACAGUUAUGUAUUUAAUUCUUUAUUUCUAUUACUUGUUCAACUCUGUUAGUCGUUCUGAUCAAUGUUCUUUAUUUCUGCAACAAUAUGUUGCUUGUUUCGCAUCCCUUCUGUAUACUACAAUAACACUUUAUGGUAAUUCUAAAUACUUAUUCUAAACUUAAACUAAACUAAACAACCAGAACCUUCAACCAAGGUUUGAUGACAGCAGAGGCCUGAAUCAUGAAGCAGGAUCACAGACUUAUCCAGGUAACUUCAGGGUUAACUCUGGGUUUCUGGUUUCAUGAAGCUGGUUUCAUCCUUAUCCAGCUACGUUACCAUGGUAACUUACUCUCCUGGAAGUAACUGGUCAUCAGUUUCUGUGUGACCAAUCUCAUUGUUAAAAUGUGAGACGUCACAGUUUGGAUUAGUUCUACUUUUGUGGCAUUGAAUGAGGAACACACGUUAGUACGAUAGUGACACAAUCCACUGUCUGUGUGUUUUUUCAAUGUGAUGAUUUUUAUCAUUGAAUGGCUGCUUGAAUCCACACUGGGACAGAUAAAUGUUACACAUCCCACCUAAGUUGGUCCAACUGUCUGCGUAUGUAUCCGUGUUACAUGAAUUUCCAAUGCAUUUAUUGGCUGAAAUGUGCAGAUGCAGUCAUCAUACACACAUGGCAACGGACUAAUUAAGGACAAGUUGCUAUGAUGCAAACGUUAGUGUUGAAGCAACUGUGCCUGUUCAUAAAAGGCAGCAGCACAAAGCUUGUACUUCCAAACCAUUGGAAAACUGAGUACUGUUAGUGAGAUGGCAAUGAAUGUGUAAAACAUCUACACACCAGCCUGCAGACUCCAUGUAACAUCCAACUUCUUCUGUUUCAGGCUAAAAGAGAGAAGAUUUACAUCUUUAAAUACUAAACAAAAUUACAAAAACAUCAUCAGUAUUUCAUUGUUGGGCUGUAAAGGGAAAAGACUUGAAAAGGCUGUUAACUAAAGGAGUUUACAGUAAAUCCUGUGAGACUUUGUGGAGGUCAGGUCAGUUACCACAUGCAGCUCUGCAACCAGACCAAUAAAAUAUAAAAUAUUUUCUAUUUUCUACUUGGCUAAUAUGAUAAACUAUAAAAUUAACAUGAAACUUAUCAGUUAAUAUUUGGCCUUGAAGUUACCAACAUGCCCAGACAUGCACAGAGUAAAAGUUUAGCAGCAAGCCACUGUAUUCCUUGUGUAAUUACCAAAAAAAAAAAAAAAACGAACUUAGCUCAACUCACCAGAGAGGAGUCCUCAAAAGGGAAAAAAAUAUAAAAUUUAUAUCAGACAUUUGAAAAACAGGUCACAAGGGAAUUAACUCCAGAAGUCGUCCAUGGUAACAGUCCGGAAGUGAAGUUCCCACAAGAAAGACGACUUUUCGUACAAAUAUAUCUGAAUUAUACUGUUGCUGCAAAGCUCGGCGCAAGUGGGAACCGGAACCUUGGAAGGUGAAAAUGAGGUCACAGACGACAAGUCAAACAAUUUGAGUUCAUUGACAAAACUGAAUUAAAGUGUUUGAGUAUUGUGCACUUAAAAUUGAAAAUCCAUUAAGAUAACUCAAAAAAAUUAGCAGUCAAUUAACUUUUUUAAAAUUCUGAGUUAAUACAACUUAAUCCUUUUAACACACUUUUACUGUUCGGUUUUACAGCGCGGCGAAACAGAAGUUAUGAGAACCGUAACCCCGGCUUCACCGUGAGGAGGAGGAGGGGUUCUAGUGAAGCCCCUAGUGUUCAGGAACCCAACAUUAGACUGGGGGAAGAAAAGGAAGAAACAGAAAAAAAUCCCAUUUAUCAUCGUUUUAAUGACCAGGUUACAUCUCUACAAGUCACAUUUAUUGGUCUGCAUCCAGUAAUGUGCAAUAAACACAUUUCCACUAAUAAAUGAGGCUGGAGAACUUGAAAAACCUUGAGAAACGUUGUUAUAGAGUCCCUGGUUUUCUGCCCUCUACAGUCAAACUUGGGAUAUAACAGCCCUGUGACCUGUCCUCCCUUUUCCAGCUUCUCCACAUGUUUUCCCAGUUGCUCUUUGAGGUCGUUGUCAGAUCUUGGAUCCGUCGUGUCACUGUGUCGUUGGACAAACUUCUGUCAAGGAGCUUUGUUUUCUGCUCAUACCAUGUCGGCCACUUUCUAAAUGCAGCCUCACACAAACUCUCCGUCACUGAACGUCUUACGUCCUGGCUGUUUCUGGAGCUAGCACGUAGCUAACCUGGGUCACAGCUUCACUGGUUUGACCAGCUUUGUGAAACCUGAGUGUUGUGCAGUGUAGCCUCUUUUAAGUUGUUCCAGCGUACUAGUGCGCUCCUCUUCUGUGAAUAUGUCGUAGGUUUGAUGAUUGGUAUCAUAAUGGUGUUUUAUGGUGAAGUCCUGGAGCAUUAACCUGCUUGUAGAUCAGGCUCAUGACUUUACGCGUACGCGUUUGUCCACUUGAAUCCGGCUUCUUUCCUCGCUGACACAGCGUUUGUUUCUCGAGGCUCCGUCCUCACAGCUACAGUCUCUUCCCCGAGGCAGAGGCAGGCGAGAGCCGCCAGCCACACUUUGUUAAACUUGUGAGAUGUUGCUUCUCUAAGUAUUAGACAUUAAAGGCAGAAAGAAUGAGCACAUUUAUACACAGUCACAAAAUGACAUGUUACAAAUCAUCUACUGAAUAAAUCCUUUCUCGGUUCCUUUAUUCUCUGGUAACAUCAAAGAUUUUUCUGUUCAUGUUAAACAUCAGUUUGGUCUCAUGUUGGAUGAAAAUGAUUGUUUGUGUGUUUCUUCAUCCAGGGUGGACCAUUGUGGAGAGCAGUGGUUAAAACCUGAUGUCAGGAAGUAUUUCUGUGAACUUGAAGUCGACACAAACUCAGUCCAUACAAAACUCAAACUAUCUGACAACAACAGGAAGGUGACAUAUGUGGAGGAGGAGCAGCCAUAUCCUGAUCAUCCAGACAGAUUUAACAGGAAUCAGCUGCUGUGUGGAAAUGUUGCGACUGGUCGAUGUUACUGGGAGGUUGAGUGGAGUGGAUGGGUUUAUAUAUCAGUGAGUUACAGAGGAAUCAGAAGGAGAGGAAACAUGUAUGACAGCUGGUUUGGACAGAAUGAUCAGUCCUGGAGUCUGAGAUGCUCUGAUCGUCUUGGUUACUGUGUCCAUCACAAUAACAGAUCAACAUCCAUCUCCUCGUCCUCUGUCUCUAACAGAGUCUCAGUGUAUGUGGACUGUCCUGCUGGAACUCUGUCCUUCUACAGUGUCUCCUCUAAUGAACUGAUCCACCUCCACACCUUCAACACCACAUUCACUCAACCUCUCUAUCCUGGAUUUGGAUUUUUGUCUCACAGUUCCUCAGUGUCUCUGUGUCUCUGUAGGAAGGAGAGUCUUUGAAGUGACAGUAGCUUCAACUCCAGGUCCAGGUUUUUGACUAGUUCCCAGUCCAGGUCCAGGCCACGGCUCAGCUCCCGGUCCAGAUCUUUCGCUAGGUCCAGCUCCUGGUUCAGGUCCUGGUCUUUAGACAGAUCCAUAGCCCGGUUUUAAACCAGAUCUAGGUCCAGGUCUUUCACCUGGUCUAGGUUCAUGUCUAGGUCCAGGUUCAUGUCCCGGUCUUUAACCAGACCAAUGACAAUAAAGUUAAUGUAAGUCUAAAUAAAAUUGAAUUUAAAAAUUUUGAGAAUCACCUUUUUUCAAGUGGUUUCAUCAGCAUCCAGUCACUCAGUGCGUUUACAUGCAGAGUUUAAUGGAGCUUUGCUCUAAACUCUACUUUCUGACUACAGUCCUUGUCCCAGUUUACAUGCAGCGGAGACAAUCUAAUAACUGUUCUCCUCCUCCA